AUGAGGCAUCUUCGAAAACGAAGGAAAAACAGAAAGCCGCGAUAUACGAGGUGAACUUCCUCUAAUAAGGGAUACAAGGAUACAUAUAUCCCGUCAAUCAAAUAAUUACCGGUGGACCAUGAAGAUCAAUACAUCUUACUGAUGAAGUGGAUGAAAGAACAUGGAUUUAGCUGCAAGCGUUGCUGUCUCAAGCCUGCCUUCUUUCCAGAUACUGGACGAGGACUAAUGGCAAGAAAGAAUUUUAGGCCCGGUGAUCUGAUAGUUGAGAUUCCACGGCGUCUGCUUGUGACCCCGAAAGAUGUCUUGAACACGGAAUUAGGACCACUUAUAAAGAGACAACUGCAGAAACCAACCCCCUACCAAGCGGUCUGUGCAUUCCUGAUCACCGAAAGGACAAAUGGCAAAUCUUCUUUCUGGUACCCUUACAUCAAUGUCCUCCCAAAGGACUUCACCACACCAGCCUUCUGCUUCGCCACUCAAGCCCAAUUUGAUCUGCUGCCCUCUCAGGCACGGAUAAGUGCCACCAAACAGCUACAGGAUAUCCGAUGUGCUUUUGAGAGUGCUUCAUGCUUGUUUGAAGACAUCGAAAGGACCUUUCCCCGGUACAGGGGCGUCUUCGACUUUGGGUCCUUCCUGUGGGCGUGGUUCGUGAUCAACUCUAGGUCGGUCUAUAUGGAGCCCAGCGGCUGCGAGACAUUUGAUCCAAAAUCAAAAGACGACUUUGCUCUAGCUCCUUUCCUUGACCUUCUCAACCAUUCUCCAGGUGCCGAGGUCAGUGCAGGCUUUGAUUCAGCGUCUAAUACGUAUCAGAUCAAGACACUAGACAGCUACCGUACCUAUGACCAAGUCUUCAUUCACUAUGGCCCCCAUGACAACGUGAACCUACUCUUAGAGUACGGCUUCGUGAUCCCCUCCAACCCGCAUGAUGUAGUUUGCUUUGAGCUAGGUACUGCUGUAGAUGCAGUGAAAUCUCAACACCAGGGUCCUCUUACCUGCAGAAGAACUCGAGAGGUCACUGAUUUGUGGGAGGUCAAAUCUCGCACUUUGAAGGCUGCCAAUCUAGAUCUUGACCUGUCGUGCAGCAUGUCGGGUCCCUCCUGGAAUCUUCAGACAGCACUGAGAGUUCUCUGUAUGGAGUACAGCGAAAUAGUGAACUGGAAGAGAGUUAUAGCAGAGAACAAUAUCCCACCAUCAACCAAGAACUUAAUCAGAGGAGCCUUAGAUAAGUUAACCACUGAUGAACAAGAGAGGGUGCUGUCUAUGCUUCAGAUACUUGAUCGUGCAGACUUGGGAGAGAAGAUGGGUGAUUAUAUCCAGAAUGUUAGAAUACUGUGGAGCGAAAGACUGAACAUCCUUCGGGCCACUCGGGCAGAGUUGGAUCCCAACGGUUGAUGGAGAAUGAGAAGAUGACAGAAGUAUUCCAGGACAAGAGAGUCCAUUAGACAUGAAUCUUCAAGACCGAUCGGGCAGAGUUUUGAGAAGGAGAAGACAGGUGUAUUCUGGUAUGAGGCAGUCCAUCGGAGACCUAUAUUUUCAGGACUUCUCAUGCUGAGUUAGAUCCCAACUGUUGAUUGGGAAUGAGGAGAAGACAGUUAUAUUCUAGGACAAGUCGGUCCAUGAGACACGAAUCUGCAGGUCCGAUCGGGCAGAGUUUGGAGAAUGACAAGACAUGUCUUGGGUCCUGGGUGGUAUAGGAAUGAUUAGACAAGACUCAGUUGUAGUCGGAUCAUUUAUUUGCCGGCCAGAUCAAAAUGCCAUUACAAUGGCAAUAAAAACUGAAACGGAACAGAGACAAAACCCUGCAAAGACAGUCCUUUCAUUAAGUACUCUGUACUACAAGGCAGUCAUAUCUGUAAUAUGCAUACUAUUGUAUCAAUGCUUAUUAUGUUAUUGUACAUGUAGUCAUAUUAAAGAUAAAUACCAGUUGUGAAAAAAUGAAAUUACCACAAAGUGUUUGUGUGUAUGAAAAAAAUGUGCCAAAUAGCCCUGGACGAAAAUGCCUAAUUGAUGAGAAAUGAGCAAAAUAAGUACGGAAUUCCUUCAAAUGUCGGGUAUUUUUUGAAGCAAUAUUAAUACACUGUC